UCAGCACAUGAACUCACCAAGAAGCAGCAAACAAAGCAACACACACAUUACAUAUAUAUUGUACCAAAUUUCUCUCUGAAUUUUGAGAAUUGCAAUGGCUAGAGUCCUCAAAAUGGCAUGCAUGGUUGUUAUGUGCAUGGCAGUGGUGGGUGCACCAAUAAUGAUGGUGGAAGCUAUGACGUGUAGUGAUGUAGUUCAGACUUUAAUGCCAUGCCUAUCUUACUUGACGCAAGGUGGAAACCCUUCGCAAGAGUGCUGUGACGGUGUGAGAACCCUUCAGGCCAACGCCGCCACAACCUCUGACCGCCAAACCGUGUGCAACUGUCUUAAGAGUAAUGUUAAUAACUUUGGCGUCAAUGCUAAUUACGCUCAGGCACUCCCAGCUCAAUGCCAUGUCAACAUCCCUUAUGCCAUCAGUCCUUCUACCAAUUGUGAUGACAUCAGGUUCUGAAGGAGUGAUGAUACUAAGGCAGCACUGUAACUAUUAUUUAUAAGAAUAAAAGAGAGUGAUUGCGUGUGACAACGGCUCCACUUAUACGCGAGCCUAUUCUUGUAUUAUUAUUAUUAUUAUUAUGUUUCAAAAACUUUAUAGUCUUUAAAUUUGUGUGAUAUUAAAUGUAUCUUAGCUGAUUGUUGCAUGCAACAAUCACGACGCAUUAUAGAAUUUCCAUGCUAGUUUUUGAUUGGGCACGAUGUUUCCAAGUCAUG